AAAGCAACAUUGACGACUGACCGACUGCAGCAGAAGCUGGUCUUCUGUCCUCCUCAGACCAUUUGUACAUAAUAAGAGAGAAGGAUUACAUCUCAGCCCACUUUAUCCAUAGCCUUCACUCACUUCUCCACCUGCGCCGUUGUUGCUUCCAGCAAGAAUAUACUCGAUGGGUCCCUCCACCAACCUGAGGGUUGCGACCCAGAAUAGAGCGUCGAGGCCUUCGUUGAGCACACCGACUGCACAUAUGGCGACGACUACACUGAAAGUUGGCGGGAUGACCUGUGGCGCAUGCACGUCAGCAGUGGAAGCUGGCUUCAAAGGUGUCGAUGGAGUAGGAAAUGUAUCCGUGAGCUUGGUUAUGGAGAGAGCGGUGGUGGUUCACGAUCCUCAAAAGAUUACGGCAGAAAAGAUCCAAGAAAUCAUCGAUGAUCGCGGCUUCGAUGCGGAAGUUCUAGCUACCGACCUUCCCUCGCCAAUGUUCAACAGGGACGGAUAUCUCUACGACGAAGAUGUAGAUGGAGAACAAGAUGAUUUACCUUCGACGACAACAACGACCUUGGCGGUAGAGGGAAUGACAUGUGGCGCAUGUACAUCAGCGAUAGAAGGCGGCUUCGAGGAUGUGGCAGGCGUCAAACAUUUCAGCAUAUCACUAUUAUCAGAACGAGCGGUGAUUGAACAUGAUGCUUCUAUCUUGACGGCAGAGCAAAUUGCAGAAAUUAUCGAGGAUAGAGGUUUCGGGGCAACGAUUGUAGAAAGCAGUCUCUCCGCGCCUGCUCCCAAGGCAAGACGAGGAAGCUCUGGACGACGAGAGAAGGUUGCAACGACCACCGUGGCGAUAGAAGGCAUGACUUGCGGGGCAUGCACUUCGGCAAUUGAAGGAGGCUUCAAAGACUUGGAAGGCCUCGUGCAGUUCAAUAUCAGUCUUCUUGCCGAGCGAGCUGUGAUCAUCCACGACCCUUCCAAGCUUCCCGCAGAAAAGAUUGCCGAGACCAUUGAAGACAGAGGUUUCGAUGCCAAGAUUCUUUCGACGACACUUGGCAGUGCAUCAGACCCAUCAAGUGCUGCUCAAGCACAAUUCAAGAUUUUUGGAGUACAUGAUGCGAAAGCUGCUACGGAUCUCGAAGCAAAGUUACAGUCGAUGCCAGGAGUCAACUCGGCAACUAUCAGUCUUGCAACAAAUCGACUGAACAUCUCGCAUCAACCGAACGUUGCUGGCUUGCGUGCUCUGGUUGAACUAAUUGAGGCACAAGGCUACAAUGCUUUGGUUGCUGACAAUGAUGACAAUAAUGCUCAACUUGAGUCGCUAUCUAAGACCAAAGAGAUCACAGAGUGGCGGAGAGCUUUCCAGACCUCGUUAGCCUUCGGUAUUCCGGUCGUCUUAGUCGGCAUGAUUAUACCAAUGCUAUUUCCCUUUAUGGAUAUCGGAAGCUUCAAAAUCAUUCCAGGUCUAUAUCUUGGCGACAUCAUCUGUUUAGUGCUCACAAUACCCGUCCAGUUUGGCGUCGGCAAGCGUUUCUAUAUUUCAGCAUACAAAUCCAUGAAGCACGGUUCACCUACUAUGGAUGUAUUGGUCGUACUUGGGACCUCCGCAGCCUUUUUCUUCAGCGUAGCAGCCAUGAUUGUGUCUAUUCUAAUGCCUCCUCACACCCGACCGAGUACCAUCUUCGACACCAGCAGCAUGCUCAUUACCUUCAUCACACUUGGACGCUUCUUGGAGAACCGUGCGAAGGGACAAACGUCCAAGGCUUUGUCACGGCUCAUGUCACUCGCGCCAUCCAUGGCUACCAUCUAUGCGGAUCCAAUUGCCGCAGAAAAGGCAGCUGAGGGUUGGGAAUUGGCCAUUGGGUCAGCCAAAGAACCCAAAACAGACUCUGCCCAAGAAGGUAACGCAGCAGAAGAGAAGGUCAUUCCUACCGAGCUCAUUCAGGUCGGAGAUAUUGUCAUCCUUCGACCUGGUGACAAAAUCCCGGCUGAUGGAACAGUAACGCGCGGCGAGACUUACGUUGAUGAGAGUAUGGUCACCGGAGAAGCAAUGCCGGUUCAGAAACGAAAAGGCAGUCUCCUCAUCGGCGGCACAGUCAAUGGCACUGGCAGAGUUGACUUCCGUGUUACAAGAGCUGGCAGAGAUACUCAACUCAGUCAGAUUGUCAAGCUUGUUCAGGACGCACAAACCACUCGCGCACCAAUUCAACGACUUGCUGAUAAAAUCGCUGGCUACUUCGUGCCAACCAUUCUCUUCCUUGGAUUUAUCACCUUCGCUACCUGGAUGAUCCUGAGCCAUGUUCUCACCAAUCCUCCUCAGAUCUUCAUGGACGAAGCCAGUGGCGGCAAAUUUAUGGUCUGCGUCAAGCUAUGCAUAUCUGUCAUCGUCUUUGCCUGCCCCUGUGCUCUGGGUCUCGCUACUCCAACAGCUGUGAUGGUCGGCACUGGAGUGGGCGCUGAAAAUGGUAUCUUGGUCAAGGGUGGCGCUGCUUUAGAGACAGCUACCAAGAUUACUCAAGUUGUACUUGACAAAACCGGAACCCUCACUCUUGGCAAGAUGAGUGUUGCUAGCUCCAAGCUCGUCUCGACAUGGGAAAACAAUGAAUGGCGACGAAAACUCUGGUGGACAAUUCUCGGACUUGCUGAGAUGGGAAGUGAGCAUCCUAUUGGGAAAGCCAUUUUAGCAUCUGCGAAAGAAGAACUUGGUCUUGGUGUCGAAGGAACCAUCGAUGGUAGCGUUGGUGAUUUCAAAGCUGUGGUCGGCAAAGGUAUUGAUGCUCUGGUUGAGCCUGCUACCAGCGCCGAGCGAGCUCGUUAUCGUAUCCUGAUUGGAAGUGUUCGCUUCCUGAAAGACAACGGAAUCACUGUGCCACAAGAAGCGAUUGAUGCUUCUGAAGAAGCUAAUGCCAAGGCUGCUGGAUCAUCAAAAACAGCAUCAGCUGGAACUACCAACAUCUUCAUCGCUAUUGAUGGCUCUUUCGCUGGACAUCUUUGCUUGGCAGAUACAGUCAAGGAUAGCGCACGUGCAGCCAUCGCUGCUCUCCACCGAAUGGGUGUCAAGACUGCGAUUGUUACUGGCGAUCAACGAUCAACUGCUAUUGCUGUUGCACGUAUCGUUGGUAUCCCACCAGAGAAUGUUCAUGCCGGUGUAACACCCGACCAGAAGCAGGAAAUUAUCCGACGCCUUCAAGAGCAAGGAGAAUGUGUUGCAAUGGUUGGCGAUGGCAUCAAUGACUCGCCAGCCCUAGCUACCGCAGAUGUCGGUAUUGCCAUGUCUUCUGGAACAGAUGUAGCCAUGGAGGCCGCGGACGUGGUGCUCAUGCGCCCGAAUGAUCUCAUGGAUAUCCCUGCCUCGAUUCAACUUGCCCGAUCUAUCUUCAAUCGCAUCAAACUUAAUUUGGGUUGGGCAUGCGCCUACAACAUCAUUGGACUACCAUUCGCGAUGGGUGUUUUUCUCCCGUUUGGAUUGCUUCUACAUCCCAUGGCUGCAGGUGCUGCCAUGGCCGCCAGUAGUGUCAGUGUUGUUGGAAGCAGUUUGUUACUCAAGUUUUGGAAACGACCAAGGUGGAUGGAAGAUGCAUUGAUAGAAGAAAAAGGACAGCUGAGAAAGAGAGGCAAGGGAUGGGGAAUGGGAGGUUUGAUUGGAAAGGCCUCAGAUCUCGCAAGAGCAGUGACAGGCAGGAAGAGGACAGAGGAGGAAGGUUACGUGCCACUGAGCAACCUCGAGCCAGUGUAGACGAAUGUUUUUUGCAGCGCUUUAGCGAUAGCAUGUUUACUUUGUUGGAUAUGAACAGUUACCAGAAUUGAUUGAACAAAAAUAUCUCAAUCUUUCUCCAUAUCCCCAUAUGUU